CUCAGGCCCCGCGCCGCCCAGGCGGCCCUCCGCUGCCGCCGGGGGCCGGUCGCCGCUGGACGUGCCCCGAGACACAGCAGAUCGGGAGCGGGCUCUUCGGGCGGUCCUCCACUGCCGCUGGGGCAGUUCCCCUUGCCAUCCCGCUGUCCUCCCCCUCUCGCGAGGAAGCACACGUUUCGUUUUUCUAUCCUUGGCAAUGGCAUCGAGUUGUGGCCGCAGCGAGGUCGCGCAGCAUGCCCCCGUUGGCGGCGCGCCGGCGCGCCUCGAGGCGGGCUGCCGCGGCUGCCACGCAGGUCCGGUGCCUGUCGGCGAGUCGGGCCGCUGACGCAAGCGGCAGCAAGGACAGCAGCAGGAGCUCCCGAGGCACCAGCACGGCGAGGUGGUUUACUGCACGGAUAGGAGACUGCAAGCGCAGCAAGCAGUGGGAGCUCGCGUUGCACCACCUUGCCGAGAUGCGGGCGAGGGCCCUAGAGGCGAACGUCAUCACGUACAGUGCCCUCAUCGAUGCGUGCGCCAGAGCCAGCCGCCCUCGCGCUGCUCUGCAGCUGCUCGAGGACAUGCACCUGCACAGCCUGGCGCCAAACGUUAUCACUUACGGGGCCGCCAUCAGCGCCUGCGAGAAGGGAAGGAUGCCAUCGAAGGCCUUCCAGCUGCACGGCGCUAUGCGGCAGGCGUGCGUCGAGCCUAACGUCGUCACGUACAGCGCUCUGAUCAGCGUCUGCGAGAAGGCAGCUCAGCCCGACAAGGCCCUGAAGCUGUUCGGCGAGAUGAUCGAGCGCGGCCUGGAGCCGAACGCCAUCUCCUGCAACGCCCUCGCCAGUCGAGGAAGAAAGAACUGCACAAGCACAAACGUUCGGUUCUCCACGCGGAUUUCUUGGAUCCGUGACGGAGGCGCCGCCAGGGGAGCCAACCGUCGAUCCAAGAAAUCUACGCCGACCUCUAAAAGUUUCUGCAUAAGCGGUUGUUCUUCCUCUAGCCAGCGCGCUCGCGAAGGGUCCGCAACCCUGGCGGGCGCUGGGCGUGCUGGAGCUGGCGAGGCAGCUGGGCCUGAGGCCCACGGUCGUCACCUACAACGCCCUCAUCGGCGCCUGCGAGCGCUUGCGAGCGCCCGAGCGCGCACUUGCGCUGCUGGAGGAGAUGCGGCGGGAGGCCCUGCAGCCCGAUGCGGUGACGCUGGCGGCGCUGGUGGGCGCGUGCGGCAGCGCUGCCGACCACGGGGGGGCGCUGGCGCUCUUCGACGAGCUGCUGGCGCGCCGCGUCGAGCCCGACGCCGUGGCCUACAGCGCCCUGAUCGGCGCCUGCGACCGCGGCGGCUCGCCGCGCAGGGCCUUGCGGCUGCUGGACGAGGCCUGGGCGCGGCCGACUGA